ACCAAAGAAUUGAUAACCUAGAAUUUUUUUUUACCCCGGAAAUUGUUCUUUCGUAUCUUCGAGCUUUCCCCCACUCUGCAAAGCAGCUGAGACAAUUGAACUAGCGCAAGAUGAACUUCAUUUCAAGUCUCGUCAACUCUGACGCAGUCGUUAAUCCACUACUCGACAAUGGAUACCUGCCGCACCCUAUCAUACGUGUGGGUAUUCGCCGCCAAUUAGCGGAGCGUCUGCAAUCCAUAGCUACCACAUCGCUGGAAGCCGGCUAUGAAUCCAAGAUGAACUACGUAAAGCUGCUCAGGGAACGUCCCAUUGCGAUUGAGACGGCAGCAGCGAAUGAGCAGCACUACGAGGUUGGCACGAGCGUGCUGAAGGGUAUGCUGGGUCCGAGGAUGAAGUACUCAUCCUGCUUGUAUGAAAAGGGCGGGGAAACUCUUGCCCAGGCAGAAGUUGCAAUGAUGAGGUCCUAUGUUGAGAAGGCAGAAUUGAAGGAUGGGAUGAGUAUCUUGGAUCUUGGAUGCGGCUGGGGCUCAGCAUCUCUCUAUUUUGCCGAAGUCUUUCCCAACUCCAAAAUCACUGGCUUCUCCAACUCCAGGACACAAAAGGAAUACAUUGACAGCGUCGCUCAAGCCAAGGGAUUUAAGAACCUCCAGAUCAUCACCGGUGAUGUCGUUGAAUACGAGUUUGAGCCAUCUCAGUACGACCGCGUAGUCUCAAUUGAACUUUUCGAGCACAUGAAGAACUACCAGCUUCUCCUUCGCAAGGUCAGCACCGCCUUGAAGCCCGGAGGCAAGCUCUUUGUUCACAUUUUUGCCCACCGCACUACGCCCUAUGACUUUGACGGCGGAUGGAUGACGGAGCAUUUCUUCACCGGAGGGACCAUGCCUUCUGCAGAUCUUUUGUUGUACUUCCAAGAUGACUUGAGGGUCAAGAAGCAGUGGUGGGUGUCGGGCCUGAAUUACAGCAAGACAUGUGAGGACUGGCUUCUUUGCAUGUACAAGAACAAGGACAGUAUUUGGAAGGGACUGGUGGAGACAUACGGAGAGGCAGGUGCACUGAUAUGGUGGAACAGGUGGCAAGUCUUCCAUCUGGCUUGCAGCGAGUUGUUCAAGUGGGAUGGAGGUGACACGUGGGGUGUGACCCAUUAUCUGUUUGAAAAGCCAGAGUAAUAUGGGGCAUGCACUCGGUGAAUGCUCGUAGAUCCAAAUAGACCAAUGUUGGAGAAUACCCAUAAUGAGGAUUAACCGUUGUGUGACUUGACGAGUGCUCACAAA